AUGGAAGCCGCCUCUGCUCGCGCCGCGGCCCGGGACCGCUGGGGCGAGAUGGGAUACCCGACGCCCUCGCAGCUGCAGCGCUUCAUCUCCUCGGCCUGCAGCCCCGAGAACUACGAGCCCAACCUGGCCCUCAACCUCGAGAUCUCGGACCUGAUCAACAGCAAGAAGGGCAGCGCCCCGCGCGAGGCCGCCGUGGCCAUCGUCGGCUACAUCAACCACCGCAACACCAACGUCGCCAUGCUGGCCCUCAACCUGCUCGACAUCUGCGUCAAGAACUGCGGCUACCCUUUCCACCUGCAGAUUAGCACCAAGGAGUUUCUGAACGAGCUCGUCCGCCGCUUCCCCGAGCGCCCCCCCGUGCGUCCCACCCGCGUCCAGGGCAAGAUCCUCGAGGCCAUCGAGGAAUGGCGGAGCACCAUCUGCGAGACGAGCCGCUACAAGGAGGACCUCGGCUUCAUCCGGGACAUGCACCGGCUGCUGAGCUACAAGGGCUACAUGUUCCCCGAGGUGCGCCGUGACGAUGCCGCCGUGCUCAACCCCAGCGAUAACCUCAAGUCGGCCGAGGAGAUGGAGGAGGAGGAGAAGGAGGCCCACUCGGCCAAGCUGCAGGAGCUCAUCCGCCGUGGCAGCCCCGAGGACCUGCGCGAGGCGAACCGCCUCAUGAAGAUCAUGGCCGGCUACGACACGAGAACGAAGACCGACUACCGCGCAAAGGCUGCCGAGGAGGUCGGCAAGAUUCAGGCCAAGGCCAGGCUGCUCGAGGAGCGGCUGGAGGCAUUCAAGCCUGGCGAUACCAUGACCGAAGGCGACGUCUUUGAGGAGCUCGCCUCGUCGCUGUCCAGCGCCCAGCCCAAGAUCCAGAAGAUGUGCGAGGAGGAGUCGGAGGACCACGAGGCCGUUGCGAAGCUGCUGGAGAUCAAUGACAGUAUCCACCGCACCGUCGAGAGGUGGAAGCUCCUCAAGAAGGGCGACGUCGAAGGCGCCGCCAAGGUAGCAAAGGGCGGACCCAUACCCACGUUCCAGACGGGCGGCGGGAAGGCGAGCAGCAGCUCCGCCGCCAAUGAGCUGUCGCUGAUCGACUUUGACGCCGACGCCGCUGCCGCCAACGGGACGAGCAACGACGCGGGCUCGAGCUCACAGGCGGGCGGGCUCGAGAACGACCUUCUGGGCCUGUCCAUGGGCGACAGCAGCAGCAGCAGCAGCUUUGGCCAGGGCGGUGGCAUAUCGCUCGGAUUCGGCGCGAAUGCAAACAUACCCGGCCCGGCCUUGCUGUCCUCCAUGACCCAGAACUCCACUGCCUCCGGCGCUGCCCCUAUCACAACCUCACCUCCACCGCAAGCUUUCUCUCCGUUUUCGGGUUUCGCGUCGGCUCCGUCCGCCUCCCAGUCCAACACGCCCCAGCCCAUGUCCAUGUCAGCCUUUGGACCCCCGAAGGCAACACAAGCGAGCGACCCCUUUGCUGCUCUCGCCUCCCCCCAAUUCGGCUCUAAGCCUGCCACUCCCAAGCCCUCGGCGCCCGUCCCCGCCUCGACCAACGACGACGACGAGUGGUCCUUCUCAUCCGCCCUCCCUGCCGAAGCGCCUUCGCUGCCGAAGGAGCAUUCGGCGACUGUCCAGGAAGGCCAGUUGCGCAUCGACAUGAAAGCGGCGCGGUCGCCUCAGACACCCAAUGCGAUAGCACUCUCCUUCGCCUUCUCGAAUGCGACACCCCAACCUGUCAGCGAGCUCCACUUCCAGCUUGCUGUCACCAAGGGCUACGAACUCCAGCUUCAACCCCAGACGGGGCGCAAUCUUAGCCCCAACCAGAGGUACGGCGUCACGCAGGCGAUGCAGGUGUGGCAUACGGGCGACAAGAGUCGAAAGGUGGAGAGCAUCAAGCUUCGGUACCGCGUGAGCUACAAUAUAGGGGGCGAGGCCAAGGCAGAGAUGGGCGACGUGGCCGAGUUUGCGCUUGCCUAG